CAGGAGCUGCUGCCAGGGCGCCAAGUGCAUUGUGGGGAUGGAAAGUUACUUUCAGUUUUGCACCAGGGGGUGCAGAGGGAAGUGGAGGAGCAAAAGAGGGCAGGAGGCAGAGUGAUCAGAGCUGGGGACCAUGCCUUGAAGUCAAAGCAGCCGUCCAUCGCCUGGUGAGAUGCAGAUGAAGUCUUUACAGCAGAGCUUGGGCUGGAACAGAAGACCAAAUGCAAGGCAGGAGGGUGGGGUGGGGUGGAUUCUCUUCCAGGAAUUGGCCCUGGGGAAGAAGAGCGCACCGCGAGAAUGACCCACGCCAUCCCCUUGAGAGGGCCAGAGGUCUCCGCUAGUGACGGAGACGAUGACAACACGCCAAUAAUCCUGCAGCUGUACCCGUACUCAGAAGGCAAAGACGAUCUGAAUCCCAGUCAGGGCAUCCCUGCCCCGAAUGAUGGAGGCAUCCUGAAACAUUCGACCACCCUGACAAACCGUCAGCGGGGAAACGAAGUCUCUGCCUUGCCGGCCACUUUGGACACUCUGUCAGUUCACCAACUCGCUGCUCAAGGUGAACUGGUCCUGUUGAAAGAGAGUCUGCGGAAAGGCGAGAACUUGUUGAACAAACCCGACGAACGAGGCUUUACUCCUCUGAUGUGGGCCGCGGCUUUUGGAGAGAUUGAAAUCGUCCGCACCAUGCUCGAAUGGGGCGCAGACCCUCACGUCCUCGCAAAGGAGCGAGAAAGCGCCUUGUCGCUUGCCAGCACGGGAGGAUACACUGACAUCAUUGUCUUGUUACUGGAGAAGGACGUAGACAUCAACACCUAUGACUGGAAUGGCGGGACUCCACUCCUGUAUGCCGUACGGGGAAACCACGUGAAAUCUGUUAAAGCUUUGCUAGCCCGAGGCGCUGACCUGACAACCGAAGCGGAUUCUGGUUACACGCCGAUGGACCUGGCGGUAGCUUUGGGAUAUAAAAGAGUCCAACACGUGAUCGAAAAGCAUAUUCUCAAGUUAUUUCGGAACAAAGAAACAGAAUGAAAAGCUUCCCCAGUCCGCCGAGGGGGGGGGGCGGGCGAUGCAACCCCCCUCCCCUUCAUUUUCUCUGCUGUGACGAUUGGCCCGAGGAAGUGGGACAGAUAGCUUUUGGGACUGGCUGGCGAUGCGGGGUUUUUCCGGACGUUUGAGAACGCAAGAUCGGAAGUGAAGCCUUGGGAACUUUUAAAGUUCGCGCCAGCCCUCUUGAAAAAGGAGGGAAAGCAGAAUGCCAACACUUCUGGGUCAAACCUGUCCUCAAAGUCCUCCCUGAAGUUCAGAUUGCGGGCCGCAAACACAGGAGGCGCUUACGGAGGCGGCAAAGAAUUCCAGGUAGCUCGAGCAAGCGAGCCCAGCUGCAAACGGAAAAAGAAAGCGAACGGCGUCCACCCUAACCCGCACCAGCAAUCUAACCUGCAUUUGCGUACGCGAGAGAUUGUGUUUCUUUGCUUUGCUUCCCUUUGAGCGGCAGCUGUGCACGGACUGGACUUCUGAGAAAAAGACGCCUCCCAAGUUUUGGAAGGGAAUGCUGCGUUUCCAGAUGGCAAGCCAGCCAAAUGGCUCUGGGAUCUCGCCUUGUUAAGAGCUGCUCGCUCACCUAGGGCGACUCGAAGUUGCCUCCAAGCGAGCAGGCAGAAAAGAUUUUGUAAAUGAAAGCGUGUUGAUUUCUUUUCAUUAAAAAACACACCAACCCCCA